UGCAUGACUUGCAAAGGCUUUGUAAUGUAAAAAUUUUUUCGAUACAGUUUUUCAUGACGCUCUCGACAGAGCACAUCUGGGAUUUACCGGCACAACCUGCAUGCCGGGGAAUAUAUAAAAGAUACAGCUUUUAACCAAGCAAUGUUGAUAUUCAUUAUUGGAGGGUUCAGACGAAUGCAGUCUGUUUGUCAAAGUAGAUGCAUUUCUCUGAUCAAUUAGCCUGCUUUUGUUCAGCUUGAAUGUGAAUAUGAUCCUGGAAUUAUGGGUAAAUGAGGAUGUCUUGAUAUGUGGCUUUCUGUCACCUCUAACGGAGGACUCGCAGGUUAUUUCGCUGAACUGCUUUGUGAUCACAAUUGAAGGACAGUGGUAAUCAGUCAAAACAUCCAAGGAUUUUGAGACUUUAUGAAUCCUUGCUUCAUAGAUAUUCAUCACAGAGGCUUCUCAAGGAUAUAAUGCAAAAUUGCGGUGGCUUACUUCUGACAACUUUUGUUUGACUUUCUGCUCAUUAGUUAUCUGCAACAAUGGAUGUUAUGCAGCAAUCAUUGAUGGUUACUCACCGAGCCUCAGGCAAUUUUGAUUUUGCUUCAUAAUGACAAAAGCAUUAUUUUGUUAAAAUAUUCAAUGUCCUGCAGCAUUUGAUUACCAUGACGAUGAGUAACCUGGAUUUUCCAUCAUCUGCUGUCAGCCACGUAUGGCAUAGUGUCAGCAAUGCUCAACAAGGAGUCGACAGAAGUGCAGGGCAAGGUGUCAGCAAUGCAUGGCAAGGUGUCAGCAUUGCACAGCAAGGUGUCAGCAAUGCACAGCUAAGUGUCAGCAGUGCACAACAGAGUGUCAGCAUCACACAGCAAGGUGUCAGCAAUACACAGCAAAGUGUCAGCAGUGUUCAGAAAAGUUGCAACAAUGUGCAGAAAAGUCUCAACAAUGCUCAGCACAGACGAAGUGAAUACCGCAAGAAACACAAGAUGCUUCCUCGCGCUAUGCCGAUUAAGUGUCUGGUGUUCCAGUUCCCUGAUCACAAUGGUAGCAACUUCGUGAUCAUUCCUGAAAUCAAUGGACCAAGGAUUGCCAAUAGUGAAGGGGUAUUUCAGUGUCCUGAAGACAAUACUCCUCUUGACUAUGCAAAGAUAUACCCCGACAAAGAGCUUCAGGAAGAGAUCCAAGCAUCCAUGGUCAGAUGCCACUAUCACAUCGAAGGGUGUAAAUGGACAGACAGGCUCUCAAAUCUUAAGGCCCACUUAGAGGUCUGUGCCUACAACCCCAUCCCCUGUCCCAACGAUUGCUCGACAUUGGUCGCCAGGAUAUGCAUUGACGACCAUCUUGAAUUUACAUGUAGUCAUCGACGGAGGUUGUGCGAUUUUUGUGGGCAGGAAUUUGCAGGUGACAUGUAUGAUACUCACGAAGGGAACUGCCAAUAUGAGGUUGUCUGGUGUGAAAAUAAAUGUGGUGCUAAGCUCCAGAGACGGUUUCUCGGGAAUCACACGAAGAAUGAGUGUCAUAAGCGAUUAGCCAACUGUCGAUACUGCCAAAAGGAGUUCUUGUAUGAGACUCUACAGACCCAUCAGUACUCUUGUCCACGGUAUCCUAUUCCAUGUCCAAAUCGAUGUGAACCAGUCAAGAUCCCACGGGAAGAAAUCGACUCUCACAUAAACGAAUGUUGUCCGUCGGCUACGAUUUCUUGUAUGUUUAAAGAAUAUGGCUGUCAACAUAAGUGUCCUCGCUUUAACCUUGAGCGCCACCUGGAUGACAAUACGAAAGGACAUCUGACAAUGAUGUGCAAACAUGUCCGUCGUCAACAGCAACAGAUCAAUGCACUACGUGCAAAGGUGAACAAUUUAUCUCAGGUCACGGACGGUGUCUUCAUUUGGAAGGUCACAGACUAUAAACUGAAACUUGCUGAGGCAAGAUCGAAACUUGGAUUAGAAAUCAUGAGUGAACCUUUCUAUACUAGUCGCUAUGGAUACAAAUUAAUCGCAUCCGCAUUUCUGAACGGUAACGGAUCCGGGGAGGGGAAGUAUUUCUCAUUGUAUAUCAAACUUCUUCCUGGGGAGUAUGACACUUUGUUGGAAUGGCCGUUCAAGUUGCCUGUGUCUUUCUUCCUGAUUGAUCAGACCUCCAAAUUAGACAGCCGGACUGAUAUCAUGGAGAGUUUCGUACCUGAUCCAUCCUGGAAGCAUUUUCAAAAGCCAGGCAAGGAAGACAAUUCAUUAGGGUUUGGAUACCCAAAAUUUGUCCCCCAUGAGACAAUACGAACCAGACAUUAUUUGAAGGAGGACUCGUUGUUUGUGAAAAUCGAGGUUGACACAUCGCGGAUGUGUCCUCUCUGAAGUGUUGGACUUACUGAUAGCUGGUUGGAGUAGGCCUUGUACAAGAGGUUAAAGAAUUAUUUAAAUACAUUUAUUUGACAAGUUCAAAUCUGAUUAUUAAUUUAGAUGAAGACACAAUUAGAUCGCCCAACUACAAUCAAACUUUCGUAUAUCAAACUCGACAGGAUGAGCAUUUUUCGUCUGUAAUGUAUGAAGUGGGUUAUGCCUGUCAUUAACAGACUUAGAACUUGGGACUUGGAAGACCGCUCCGGUUUAUGCAAGUCCAGUUAAUGAAAGACUCUAGAUUAUUUUUUCAGUUUCGAAGCUAUACAUUCUGCCACCAUUCCACAUUCCAGGGAUACUCUAGAGAUUUUACCAGUACAUCAAGCGGUGGCCAAUUAUAUAUUAUGGAUAUUCUUUGGAAGGCACAACUGCUCCAGCUCAUCAGUAUUAUCAAAUUGCUAGUCUUUAUUUCUCAGUCGUUUCCUUUCGGUGACUUGUAAAUAUUUGUAUAUUUGAAUAACGUUAGUGUAAAACGCUCCAUAGCAAUUUUCGUCCUCUACUGAAAAUUUUAAAUUUCAAGGGAUGGGCAGGGGCAAGCUGGACCAGAUCAAGUUAUCUGAAGUAGCCUAAAUGUGUCUCCACGAUCUCACAUGGGCACUUUUUGUGCUUGUACAAGAAAGGUUUUUAUCACUUAGUAAACCAGAUGAAAUUCUCCAACUGUUCAUAUAAGUCAGCUAGUGACCACCAACUUGAGGCCACCUAGCUCCUGCCUAUAGUCCCCCUUUUAAAGCUUUGGUUUUAUCACGGAUAUAUUUGAUCAUGAAUGUGGUCUGCAUCUGCUAAGUUUUGUAGAUAUCUGUUUGUGCCAUAAUUUGCAUUAAUCUUAAUUUAUAUUGUAAAUGUCUUUCUCUCUCAAAUGACUUACAACUUGGUCUUUAUAGUGUGAUUAGUGUGAUUUUUGUAGAGUUCUUGUUGCUGGAGUAGAUCAGUGUAAUGAGAUGUAUCAUUGUCAUUUCCUCUAUCUCAAUGUCUCUGGAAACUUGUCAGCAGAGUAUUACUCCAAACUUUAUGGUGAGAUUCCAUAAAAGCUUAUAAUGUCUUCACAGUUGGUUUUGUACCUUUGAUACAUAUGCAUGCGUCUUUGGCAGAUUAAAAAAAAAAUCUUGACCUCAAGGGUGCAUGUUAAAAUCAUAUUGAAGCCAAAAAACAAUCAAUUUUCGUCAACUAAUAAAGAACUGUUGAUGCGAGAAGACACUUUGUUAUUCUGCGGUUCCAGGGAGAGAUAUGUUUUGCUUUAGUAUAAUUUUGACAUAAUUCCUUCCUGAAAGAGGGCAACCUUCUCCAUCCUGAGAGAAGGUGUAAAUACUUAUAAAAGUUGAAAAUCAA